AUGACUUCUACAACAACCUCUACUAUUAGUUUAAUAGAUAGUGGUAAUGUGAUAGAUAGUAUUUUUCCAUCAACUUCCUUAACAUAUAACUUUGUCCCACCAACUUUAGAAGAUAAUCAUAAGGAGAGAAUUGAAAAAUGUAAAGAAAUUCUUAAUAGAUAUGGAAAUACUUGGGAAAAAAAUAAUGAAAAAAUUCAUAAUAAAUUCGAUGAUAGAAGAUAUAUUCAUAUAGAUUCAUCAGCACCACAUCGUCAAGGAGCAAUUUGGUGUAGAAGUGGCCAGUGGCUUGAAAUUGUGGAUAAAGAAUUUAAUGAAAGAGGAAAACGAUUUACACAUAAUGAAAAUAUGUUAAAUAGUGUUAGAGGUACACGUAAUGAAACAAGUAUUUUCACUAUACUUGAAUUUAUUUCAAUAGCAUUUGGUUUAAUAUCAAUACGAGGAUUAGAAGCUAAUAAAUUUUUAUGUAUGAAUAAAGAAGGAAUUGUUUAUGCUACCAAACCUAAAAAUUUUAAUUAUGAAUGUGUUUUUAGAGAAGAGAUGAUGGAAAAUUAUUAUAAUUUAUAUUCUAGUUGUUCAUAUGGAAGUGAAAAAAAAUUUUGGUAUCUUGCUAUUAGAAAAAAUGGUAAAGUGAAAAAAGGAAGAACAACAAGAAGAAAUAGAAAAAGUUCUCAUUUUAUGGUAAUACAUUUUGAUAGAGGUAGAAAUAAACAUUUUAGAGGUGGUAAAAAUCCUUUAUUAAGAAGUAGUAGAACAUGGUUAUUUCCUGUUACAAGAGGUGAUAGAGAACCAAUGACAGUUGCUUCUGGAAUUAGAACACCAUUCUAUAGAAAUAGUCCUAAAGGUCCAAUGAAAGAAUGGAAAAAUAAUCAAGAAGGAUCAAUGUUUAUAUUAUCAGAAUUAAUUGCUAAUAGUAUAUAUGAUAAUGAUAAAAAUAAAACUAAUAAUAUCAAAAAAAAUAUAGAUAAAACAAUUAUAAAUAAUAUUGAAAAAAAAAAUUAUUAUGAUAAAAAACGAAAUCGUUUUAUGGAAAGAAAUAAACAAUAUACAGAAGUAUUAUUUAAAGAUAGAAAAGGUAUAAUUGUAACAAAUGAUAAACGAAAUGAAUUGACGGAAGAUGAAAGAACUGAAAGAGAAUUAGACAAAGAAUAUUUUCGUAAUUUAAGAAUAAAUGAACUUAAAAGUAAAUAUUCAAUAACAAAUAUAAAUAAAAAUGAAAUGAGAGAUAAAAUAGUUAAUGUUAGAAGAUUACAAAUUAAAAAGAUGCCUUUAAAAAAUAAUACUAAUGUUAAAACAUUUAUAAAUAAUGGUUUUGGUGGUGAAUGGUAA